AAAACCGCAGAACGGCAGUCGUUUUGGGAGCAACGUCGCGCGGCGGUUCGCUCGCCGUCUUCCACCGUCGAUCAGCCCCCGCCGAAACGAGAAAAACCCUAAUCAGGAAAUCGUCUGUGAUUUUUGGGGGAGACGAAGGCGAAAAGAUGGUGAAGGCGAGCUUCGCUCUCCUCAAGAGCGCCGCCGCCGCCGCGGCGUCGACCGGAGUCGCCAAGUCUCUCUCCGAAAUCCUCGUUUGCCCUCUCUCCAAACAACCCCUCAGGUUCUGCGAAGAGACGAAUUCUCUCGUCAGCGACGCCAUCGGCGUCUCCUUCCCCAUAAAGAAUGGCAUCCCCUGCCUCGUGCCGAAGGAUGGCAAGAUUCUGGGAAGCGAUGAUGAUGAUGAUAAAACGAAGUCCGAUGAUGCCGCGGACCCGGCUUCCGCGAACAGGGCUUCCUGAGUAGGUGGUUCCAGGAUCUGUUUUUGCCAAUUUGUGCUGAGUUCCUGAUCGUUUUUUGACAUCAGUGAAGCGAGGAGUCUGUUCAUGUAUGUACGGCUUUGUGCUGUUUUGAAUUGAAAUCGACGGUUGUUCUGUCAUUGCAAUUUCUACGUCUAACUCAUGCAUCUGUUGAGAAGCAUUCUUGGAAAGUUAGAGCGACCGUCGUCGUGUUUUGGUGUAAUUCGAUGAGAAAACUGAAACAGUCUGUUGCUAGACAUUGACAAUACUUUGUAUCAUUGAUAUUCAAUGAGAUGAUACUUCCUUUCA